UCACUGUAGGGGUAUCUGGAAAGAAAAGUCUGUGUCUCUGAUUAACCAGCUCAAGCCGACCUUGAGAGAGCUGGAGGAAGAAUGCUUCUGGCUGUUUUGUACUGCCUGCUGUGGAGUUUCCAGACCUCCACUGGCCAUUUCCCUCGAGCCUGUAUCUCCCCCAAGAACCUGAUGGAGAAGGAAUGCUGCCCGGCGUGGAAGGGUGAUGGGAGUCCCUGUGGCCAGCUUUCAGGAAGGGGUUCCUGUCAGGACAUCCUUCUGUCCAAUGCACCGCUUGGUCCUCAAUUUCCCUUCGUGGGAGUAGAUGACCGGGAGUCUUGGCCCUCCGUCUUUUAUAAUAGGACCUGCCAGUGCUUUGGCAACUUCAUGGGAUUCAACUGUGGAAACUGCAAGUUUGGCCUUUGGGGACCAAACUGCACAGAGAGGCGACUCUUGGUGAGAAGAAACAUCUUUGAUUUGAGUGUCCCAGAGAAGGACAAAUUCUUUGCCUACCUCACUUUAGCAAAGCAUACUACCAGUCCAGACUAUGUCAUCCCCAUAGGUACCCUUGGACAAAUGAAUAAUGGAACAAUACCCAUGUUUAAGGACAUCAACAUUUAUGACCUCUUUGUCUGGAUACAUUAUUAUGUGUCAAGGGACACACUGCUCGGGGGGUCUGAAGUCUGGAGAGACAUUGAUUUUGCCCAUGAAGCACCAGGUUUCCUGCCUUGGCAUAGACUCUUCUUGUUGCUGUGGGAACAGGAAAUCCAGAUGCUGACAGGGGAUGAGAACUUCACUAUUCCGUACUGGGAUUGGCGAGAUGCAGACAGCUGUGAUGUUUGCACAGAUGAGUACAUGGGAGGUCGCAACACAGCAAAUCCUAACCUACUCAGCUCAGCAUCCUUCUUCUCCUCUUGGCAGAUUGUCUGUAGCCGAUUGGAGGAGUACAACACCCGUCAGGCUUUAUGCGAUGGAACUCCUGAGGGACCGUUACUGCGCAAUCCCGGAAACCAUGACAAAAACAGAACCCCAAGACUCCCCUCCUCAGCUGAUGUGGAAUUUUGCCUGAGUUUGACCCAGUAUGAAUCUGGCUCCAUGGAUAAAUCUGCCAAUUUCAGCUUUAGAAAUACACUGGAAGGAUUUGCUAGUCCGCUUACUGGAAUAGCAAAUGCUUCUCAAAGCAGCAUGCACAAUGCCUUGCACAUAUAUAUGAAUGGAACAAUGUCGCAGGUAUCAGGAUCUGCCAACGAUCCAAUUUUUCUUCUUCACCAUGCAUUUGUUGACAGUAUUUUUGAACAAUGGCUCCGAAGGCAUCGUCCUCUUAAAGAAGUUUAUCCAGAAGCCAAUGCACCCAUUGGACAUAACCGGGAAUCCUACAUGGUUCCUUUUAUACCUCUCUACAGAAAUGGUGAUUUUUUUAUUUCGUCCAAGGACCUGGGCUAUGACUACAGCUAUCUACAGGAUUCAG